GUUUGUUCAUUACAUCUCCACCACUCCAACCCUGAGCUCAGAGUAAAGGAGCGGGAUUCUUCACUAAUCACCGAUCCAAGACUUGAGAAAGUUUCAGAAGCGCUCGGAUCUGAUCGCGCUCUGAUGGACUUGUGAAAAACUUUUGACAGCGAGUUUAUCCAUCGAUUUUUUUGCACACUCUGUGCAGGAUUCUUCACUGCGAAAAAAACUUUUCUUGUUCUAUUUCCAUUUUUUUUCUCGCAUGAAUCUCCUUGAGUCGUACGUGAAGAUGGCCGACGAGCAGGACAAAUGUCUCUCCGACGCACCGAGUCCGAGCAUGUCGGAAGACUCUGCAGCCUCCCCGUGUGAGUCCGGCUCGGGCUCCGACACCGAGAACACGCGGCCGCCGUCCGAGAAUCGGCUCAAGAAGGACGAAGAGGAUGAAAACAAGUUCCCUGUGUGCAUCCGCGACGCCGUGUCACAGGUGCUUAAAGGCUACGACUGGACGCUCGUGCCUAUGCCGGUGCGCGUGAACGGUUCGGGGAAGAGCAAGCCGCACGUGAAGAGGCCCAUGAACGCGUUUAUGGUGUGGGCGCAGGCGGCACGCAGAAAACUGGCCGAUCAGUAUCCUCACCUUCAUAACGCCGAACUCAGCAAAACCCUGGGCAAACUCUGGCGACUGCUGAAUGAAGGGGAGAAGCGACCGUUUGUGGAGGAGGCUGAGAGACUGCGAGUGCAACAUAAGAAAGAUCAUCCGGACUACAAAUACCAGCCCCGGCGGCGGAAGAGUGUGAAGGGCGGCCAGGGAGAAACCGAGGAUAGCGAGCACACACACAUUUCCCCCAACGCCAUCUUUAAAGCCCUACAGAGAGCUGACUCUCCUGCUUCCAGCAUGGGCGAGGUCCACUCUCCCGGAGACCACUCAGCAGGUCAGUCUCAGGGCCCUCCAACUCCCCCCACAACUCCCAAAACAGAUGUUCCGAGUGUGAAAUCAGACCUGAAGCGAGAGGGCCGUUCACUUCCAGAGGGUACGGGCCGCCAGCUCAACAUUGACUUCCGCGACGUGGACAUUGGUGAGCUGAGCAGCGACGUCAUCUCCAACAUGGAUGGAUUCGACGUGAAUGAGUUUGACCAGUACUUGCCGACGCAUGGAGCCCAGACCUACUCCUCUUCUGGGUAUGGCAUGGGCCAGACAGCAGGCACCAGCGGGCAUGGCUGGAUGAGCAAACAGCAGCCACAGCCGCAGCCUCAGCAGCACUCUCUUACCCCGCUUGGCACAGCUGGUGAGCAGGGUCAGGCCCAGCAGCGCCCGGCACACAUCAAGACAGAGCAGCUCAGCCCGAGCCACUACAGUGAGCAGAGCCAGGGUUCACCCCAGCAUGUGGCGUACGGUUCCUUCAACCUACAACAUUACACUGCCACCACCUCUACGUACCCAUCCAUUGCUCGCACUCAGUAUGACUACAGCGACCACCAGGGCGGUGCUGCCUCCUACUACAACCAGGGUUCAGGCCUCUAUUCCACAUAUAGCUACAUGAGUCCUGCCCAGAGGCCCAUGUACACUCCUGUCGCUGAUGCUAGUGGUGUUCCAAAUGUGCCUCAGACCCACAGUCCCCAGUGGGAGCAGCAGCCAGUCUAUACCCAGCUCUCCCGGCCUUAAAUGACACAAAAAAUGAGAAUAAGAGAGGGAGACAGACUAAACUAUUAGCACCACCCUAUCCAUAAGACAUUGCUCAUACGCACAGGCCUCAAAGGACCUGCUGUCCACUCCCUGCUCCAGCAAACACAGAAAACAAACAAAACAAGCAGGACUAAUGUUUAUUGUUUAAGUAAAGAAAAUAUCAAAAACGGCUCCCGACAGUGCCUUUUUAAAAGCUCUGAGUUGCGACUAUAUUUUUCUAGUUUUGAUGAAAAAGAAACUCGCUUGAAAAGAGAGGAAUCCUCUGUGAGGACAUAUUCAUUAUAAAUAUUUGUUAGUAUGUACUGUGUAUGUAUUAUCUCUUUUUGGUUGUUUUCAGGUUGUUCUGGGGGUUUUGUACAUUUACAGAGGAUGCGAGAGGUCUUAACUUCUCACCAGUGUAUUUUUGUAAAAUCAACACAUCCCUUGUUGUUCCUCUGUACAUGAUUUCAUGUGGUUCCCAUAGUCUUUUACAAAUGGGCAAAGCUGACAGCUGAAAAAUAUUCGUUUCCUGUGUGUGUUUGAACGUAUCUGCAUUCAUUGCAUUGGAAAUGCCAUACAUGUACCAAGUGCCAUUUAGUUGCACGUAAAGCCUUAGCCGAGAUAAAGUCUGUCUGCGUGCCAUCAGUGCCUGGUUAAGCAGUGUAGAGAUCCGCAGUGCCUCAGUAGCCAUCGCUCAUCUUGCUCUUCAUGUCUGAGGAGGACCAGGAAGUGCCCUUUGACUCGAGACUUCCCUAGAAGUCUCUAUUGAUCAUUUGUUCAUUCAUCUGCCACCCCCAUCAAGUCUUGACCUCUUUAAUUUAUUAAUUAGUAAUAACUUUAUUUGAAAAGUAAUAAUUAUUUGCAUUUAAUUUUUUUUAUUUUUACUUCACCUCUGUCUGACUAAUUUGAUAUGAAAUCCCCCAACCCAUGGGAUCACAAUUUAGUUGCAGUGCAAAUUUUAACCAUCUUGUUUUUAUUUAUCAUUUGUAAAUGUUUCCAUUUAAAUGGUCUUAAUUAGUUGUGUACAGAUAUCUUAUAAUUGUGAUAAAACUUGAUCAAAACAGAAAUAACUGGAAGUUUUCUUUUCUUUCUUUUUUUUUUUUUUCAAUUAAU